AUGGUGCCUGCAAUGCCUGCCCCGGCGCCGGGGGCGACGUACCGCACCCUGCUGAAGCAGGCGAUGCGCUCGCGGCAGGAGCGCAUCCUGUUCCUUACGGCGCUCGCGACUCAUAUCCUUUUGAGCAUUGCGCUAUUUUCCGUCCGCGCGCUCGCACGCCCGGUCGUCGCCGGGGGCACGGUCGCGCUCGUGGCGCUGGUCGCUUUGCCGACGCUCCUCGAGCGCCGCACGCGCAUGAUCCAGGCACCCAAGGUCAUAGUGAAGCAGCCGCCGUCGUCGCGGGGCGGGCAUCUGCUCGAUGUUGUGCGCUCGCCAGAGGUGUGGGGGCGCGCCCUCCGCCACGGCGUGCGUGCGGCGCUCGGCGCGAUGCUCUACGCGGGCACCGCGACGCACGCCUACGGCUGGGGGUGUGCCAUCGCGCCGACCGUGUUUGUCGAGUCGCACCAGGCCUACUAUAUCAACGAGACAUUCCUCGUGCUCCUCUUCACCGCCGCAUGGGCCGGCGCACUGUACGCGGUGAGCGACGCAUGGCGCACGCCGCGCGCGUGCUGGGACGUGCCUGCCUUUGAUCCGGACAUUGUGCUGAGGCCGACGACACUGCGCGAGCGCACGCUCUCGACGCUCGGCCGCCGCGUGCCGCACGCGUGGCUCCUUGUCCCGGUGCUUGCCGUGCCGUUCCUCGUGUAUGUGCUGGUGCGCGACGCGUUCUGGGCGAGCGUGCUGCGCAUCGUCGGCGUGCAGACGGUCGUGCGGCCGUACAUUGUGCCGUCGUUCCGCGUCGUGUUUCGCCCGUGGCACAUGCUCGCGACCGUGCUUCCUGUCGCGUUGCUGCUCCUUACGCUGUUUGCGGUGGUGUACACGCUCUUUGACGUGUACUGGACGCACCCUUUGCCGAUGCUCUCGGCGCGUGCGCGCGAUCCAAACGCCGCGCUGCUCGGCGGGCUCAACGACGUGCACCCGUUCUUUGUGGCACACGCGUACAGCGAGCUUGCACGCAUCGCCAUGUACGACAAGCAGCGGCGCGCCGUCCUCUUUGACGACGUGCAGCGCCUGCACGGCCGCCCAGUCGCGUGGAACGGCGUGUACACCGCGUGCAUCUACCGCCUGGACGCGUUCCUGAAAGAGGCGCCAAAGAAGGAGGCCAAGCAGGAGGCCAAGCCCCAAGCCGCCGCGUCGCGGCCCAGCGUCUGGCGCGCGCUCGCCGACGCGCCCGCCCCCGCGCCUGCCGAGAAAAAGGCACCCGCGCCCGCGCCCGCGCCUCCCGCCGCCGACACGGCGCUGUUCAAGUUUGUGCGCAUCGCCGCGUACGGCGCGCACGCCGCGCUGCGUGCGCUCCUUGCGCUGAUUCCCAGCGACGCGAAGCACGCGCUGCUCCCCCAGGCGCUGCACCUUGCGUUUGCCGCGCCGUCGCCUGCGCUGGUCCUCGACGCGGAGCUCCUGGCGCCCCGCGCGGUCGUGUGCUGGGCGGCGCUCGCGAUGGAGCACCUCGUCGACGCGUCGCUCUCUGAGGACAAGUACGGCAGCGUCCAAAAGGACAUUGGGCGCGUCGUCCAGGCCUUGCUGCACGCGCACGAGCGCCUGCAGAUGCUGCGCCGCAGCGUCGAGCGCCAGGCGCUCGAGGCGGACAACCAGCUCGUGCGCGAGGCGCAGGUCGUGCGCGGCGCGCUGAAAGAGGUCGGCGCGGACGCCGCGACUUUUAGCACGUCCUACGCGCCCUUUUACAACGAGCUGCAGACGACGUGGCACGUCGCGUACGCCACCCUCGAUACCGCGCUGAGCCAGAGUGGCCAGCGGAUUGUGCAGACGUUUGCCCCGUAUGGAUUCGAAAAGUAG